AACUGAAGAGACGCAGCGGGAACGACGCGACGCGCGCGACCUCUCGUUCCGAUUUUGAAAACCGGAGGAUUUGGGCGAGUUUUUCGGCGACUCCGAAUGCGUUGAGGGAGAUUAUUGUGCCGCGUCGUUGAAUUUUCUUUUAUGUGAAGUGAUUAUUUUUGAAUUUGGUUCUUUUUUGUUCGCGAAUUGUUUAUGUAAACGCGUGUAUGUACGCGGACAUAAGACGUGCUGCGGUGCUUCUUCUUCUACAUGUGUUGAAGCUCGCAGAGGAUAUUCUAAUUACAUGUUAGGGUUCCGAGUUCGGAAGCCUCUUCGUCUUGGGAAGAACUAAAGUAUAAAAGGAUGGGAGCGCCUCCGCGAUAAUCCGCCAGAAAAGUGUCGAAGAUGGAGCCUUUCUGGAUCCUAUUGCCGCUCUUGCUGGCUUUGGCCCGCUCGGAAUUGGUAAGGGACCUAGAGGUGUCCGAAGGUGCUCCCGUUGGUACCAGAAUCGGAUUCAUCGAGGAAGGUGUCACCACCGAUAGCGGGCCGCCUUAUUUAGUAGUUCCGGUUGGUAACAGCGUCAACACCGACCUAUUAAUCGAUUUGACAACUGGUGAAAUUAGCACGAAAGUUCUUUUAGAUCGAGAAACUCGUUCGAGUUACUCGUUAGUCGCAAUCACGAUAAGCGGUUAUAACAUACAAGUCCACAUCAAAGUUUUAGACGAAAACGAUAACGCCCCAACGUUUCCCGUUGGCGUGAUGACCAUCGAUUUUCCCGAAAACACCCCGUUAGACGUUAAAAGAACUUUACACCCAGCGAAAGAUUUGGAUUUGGAUCAAUACAACACUCAAAGAUACAACAUUGUAUCGGGAAACGUCAACAAUGCUUUUCGAUUGAGCGCGCAUCGAGAACGAGACAGCGUUUUAUAUUUGGAUCUCCAAAUAAACGGAUUUUUAGAUCGCGAAUCGAUUGCUUCGUACAGUUUAUUAAUCGAAGCUUUAGAUGGGGGAACCCCACCUUUAAGGGGCGAAAUGAUGGUUAACAUCACGAUUCAAGACGUCAACGAUAACCAACCGAUUUUUAAUCAAAGCAGAUAUUUCGCGACAAUUCCCGAAAACGCAACCGUUGGAACAACCGUCUUACAAGUUUUCGCAACGGACACCGAUUCCAACGAAAACGGAAAAGUCGAAUAUUCAAUUAAUCGCAGACAAAGCGAUAAAGAUGUAAUGUUUCGAAUUGAUUCAACGACCGGGUUUAUAUCAGUAAAUAAACCGUUAGAUUUCGAAACUAAAGAACUUCACGAAUUGGUGAUAGUAGCGAGAGAUCGGGGGUUACAACCGCUAGAAACGACGGCUUUCGUCUCGAUUAAAGUGACCGAUGUUAAUGAUAACCAACCGACGAUUACCGUCAUCUUUUUAAGCGAUGACGCAACCCCGAAAAUAUCGGAAUCCGCCCAACCAGGCGAAUUUGUUGCACGAAUCUCGGUGAACGAUCCCGAUUCAAAAACGGAAUACUCAAACAUUAACGUAACGUUAGAUGGUGGCGAAGGACAUUUCGGUUUAACAACUCGAGAUAAUAUCAUAUAUUUAGUGAUCGUUUCUCUUCCGUUGGAUCGCGAAAUCCAACCGAAUUAUACUUUAAAUGUGGUUGCAACCGAUACCGGAACACCACCGCUUCACGCAUCGAGAACAAUUUUAUUAAAAGUGACCGAUAUUAACGAUAACGCACCGGAAUUCGAAAAAGAUGUUUAUCAAGCGAAUGUUAUGGAAAUUUCCGAUCCGGGAACGAGUGUUAUCCAAGUGUCCGCGACCGAUAAAGAUGAAGGCAAUAAUAGCGCGAUCACCUAUUCGUUAGCCGAAACGUCCGAUACUCAUUAUUCGUGGUUUCAAAUUGAUCCGCGUAGUGGUUUAGUGACAACGAAGGUGCACGUCGAUUGUGAAACCGAUCCGGUGCCAAAGUUGACGGUGAUCGCGACCGAUAAUGGUUUUCCACCGUUGUCUUCUUCCGCAACGGUUCACGUAACUAUUCAUGACGUCAACGACAACGAACCCAUCUUCGAUCAAAGUUUUUACAACGUUUCCGUUGCGGAAAAUAUCGCCGAAGGAAAAUGCAUUUUAAAGGUUUCAGCCACAGAUCCAGAUUGCGGAGUAAACGCGAUGGUGAAUUACACUUUAGGAGAUGGUUUUGGAAAGUUAAAAGAAUUCGAAGUUAAAUCGGGAUCCGGAGAAGUUUGUAUCACGUCAAGCUUAGAUUACGAAACAAGAAAUGUUUAUGAAUUUCCUGUCAUAGCUACAGAUCGAGGUGGACUUAGUACAACAGCAAUGAUAAAGAUCCAAAUAACAGACGUAAACGAUAACCGUCCUAAUUUCUAUCCAAGAGAAUACAACGUUUCUUUACGUGAAGGUGACACAUCUUCGAAUUCUCCAAAAACUCCCGUUGUUAUCGUCGCUGCAACGGAUGCUGAUUCUGGAAAAUUCGGCCAAUUAACUUACGGGAUAGUAGCCGGAAAUGGAGCUGGUUUAUUUAAAAUUGAUAAGAACACCGGGGAAAUUUCAAUAAAUCGUCCGAAUCUUUUAUCGACUCGAACGCAACGUUAUCAUCGUUUGAAUAUCUCUGCAACGGACGGUGGUGGACUGCAGUCUUCGUCGGACGCGGAAGUCUUCAUCAGUGUCAUAGAUGCGACACAACGACCCCCCAUCUUCGAACACCCGAGAUACACGUAUUCCGUGAAGGAGGACGUGAGGCGAGAUACGAUUGUCGGUUCCGUUAAGGCGUCUGUCACCGAAAUAGGCGGUCGCCAGCCGAUCAGAUACUCGAUAUACUCGGGUGACCCCGAUGGCUACUUUAGGAUAGAUGCUGUGACCGGCGCGAUUAGGACCGCUUCCACAUUGGACCACGAAACCAGAAGCUCCGUUUUACUCAACAUUCAAGUCAAAACCGGUGAUCCACCCAUAUACGGACACACACAGGUUAAUAUCGAAAUUCAAGAUGUCAAUGAUAAUGCACCGGAAUUCGAAUCAAACACUGUGAGGAUUUCCGUCCCUGAAAACGUUGAGAUUGGCGUACCUUUAUACGCCGCUCACGCUCGGGAUAGAGAUUCAGGACCAAACGGUGUCGUGAAAUAUAGAAUAGCGAAUAAAGCCGCAAGCGGGGGGAUAUUCGAUGUUGAUGCGAAGUUGGGUCAUCUUACUCUGACGAGAAAUUUGGACUACGAGACCGUGCAUAGGCACAGUUUAAUAAUAACCGCUACAGAUACAGGUGUUCCUCAAUUAUCGGCAAACCUAACAGUUUCCGUGGAAGUUCAGGACGUGAACGAUAACCCGCCGAUAUUCGAGAGGAACGAGUACUCCGCGAAAAUUCUUGAAACUCUACCAAUUAACUCGCAGAUCCUUCAAGUCACCGCGACGGAUUCGGAUACCGGCAACAACGCCAGACUAACCUACAGAAUCACAUCGAAUUCCACCAAAACCACCACCAACAACAACAACGUCAACAACGACAGCGAUGUUUUUGGGAUAUUUCCAAAUAGCGGAUGGAUCUAUCUUAAAGGAACACUCGAUAGAGAAACGAAAGAUCUUUAUAAUCUUACAAUAGCGGCGACCGAUAACGGAACUCCUUCCGAAUCGGCAUUAACUCGCGUCAUCAUCAAAAUCUUAGAUGCUAACGACAACGAUCCCGUAUUUUCAAAGGAAUCCUAUGAAUUCAUCGUAGAAGAAAACUUGAGACGUGGUACGGUUGUUGGUAGUGUUUCCGCCAAAGACUUGGAUGUUGGACCUAACGGAUCUAUCAAGUACAGCAUCAUCCCGAGUAAUGCCAGUUUUCAGAUCAACCCGAUAAGCGGUGAGCUAGUCACCAAAGAAAUUCUCGACAGGGAAUUAAAGGAAGUCCACGACCUUGUAAUCGAAGCUAGAGAUCAAGGAUCUCCAUCGAGAAGCACGAGAGUGUCGGUGAAGAUUUUCGUCUCGGACGUCAACGACAACGAUCCGGAAAUUAUUGAUCCACAAGAGGAUGUUGUAAGCGUCCGAGAAGAACAACCUCCCGGAACCGAAGUGGUCAAAAUCAAAGCGAUCGAUAUCGAUAACGGGAAUAACUCGACCGUUUCUUAUUCGAUUUUAAAACGAAGAGAUUCAGAUGGAUACGGGGUGUUUAGCAUCGACCCGGUGAAUGGUGUCAUUAGAACCCGCAUGAUCCUCGAUCACGAAGACAAAACAAUUUAUAGGUUAUCGGUAGCCGCCACUGAUAAUGGAAAUCCUCAACGACAAACGAUCAGAACGCUACGAGUUGAAGUCCUAGACCUAAACGAUAACAGACCAACGUUUACUAGUUCAAGUCUUGUGUUUAGAGUACGAGAAGACGUUCCGAUCGGGUUUAUAGUCGGAUCGGUUGCCACAUCGGAUCAAGAUCAAGAAAACGUCAUCACCGGAAGUUCCGGAGGGCAUAUCACUUACACCCUUAACUCUUUAAUGCCCGAGUCCGUCAAUAACGCGUUUGAUAUCGAUCGAAACACGGGUUCUUUGGUGGUUGCGCGAAAAUUAGAUCGCGAAUUUUUUGCGGAAUAUCGCUUCGAAGUUAGAGCUUUGGAUACGAGCGCUAUGAAUAACCCUCAAAGUAGUGCUGUUACCGUAAGGGUUGAUGUAGCCGAUGUUAAUGAUAACGCCCCGAUUUGGGGGGAGGACCCCAUUACGAUUCAAUUAUCGGAAGAUACUGAAGUGGGGAGUGUUAUUUAUAAUUUUACAGCAACCGAUGCUGAUUCGGGGAGUAACGGGGAUUUGAGAUAUACGAUUUUAAAGAAUUCCCCGAACGUUUUUAGUCUCGAUUUUUUAACUGGGACUUUAGUAUUAGCCUCCCCGUUAGAUUUCGAAACGUUACAAGAAUACACAAUCAUUAUUAAAGCCACCGAUCAAUCAUUAAACGUUUCUGAGAGAUUAAGCACUUCAGCAACUGUUAGAAUUUUAAUAACAGACUCAAACGAUAAUGUCCCAAAAUUCGUUAUACCCCCAACUAACACGAUAUUCUUCAGCGAUUCAAUGACCGUUGGGAUGCUUGUAAGUAGAAUCGUAGCCGUUGAUAGCGACUCAGGGGAUAACGGAAGAGUCACUUACGUUAUAUCCGGGGGAAACGAAGGAAACACUUUCGCUUUGGGUUACGACACCGGAAUUAUAACUUUGGCCCGAACCGUUAACGCAAACGACAAAAAAUUAUUUCUUUUAAACAUAACAGCCAGCGAUCACGGUUCCCCAACAAGACACGCUUAUUUAACACUUAAAUUAGCGUGCCAAUCAUCGACGGAAAACCCCCCAAGAUUCAUCAACUCACUUUAUUACGCCAACAUCCAAGAAAACGUCCAAAUCAACACCUUCGUUAUUAAAGUAGCCGCAAGAUCCCCGCAACAAGACGACGAAGGAAAUUUAACUUUCAGCAUUCCAAAUGGAAUCGCCGAUGAUGCUUUUACGAUUCACCCGAUUAAUGGGAUAGUGAAAACGCAAAAAAUUUUGGAUCGGGAAUUAAAAGAUUCUUAUGAAAUCCCGAUUUAUGUCACAAGUAAUCUUGGCUCAUCAAAAUUUGAUCUGGCCACUCUUCACGUAACCGUAACGGAUUCAAACGAUCAUGCCCCCGAAUUCACUCCGGGUUCUUGCUACGGUUUAUACAUCCCAGAAAACGCUGAUUAUUCGAUUAUUCACACAAUCAUAGCGAGCGAUAAAGACACGGGAAAUAACGGCGAAAUUAUUUAUAGUAUUUCAAGUGGAAAUAUUGGAAAUAAAUUUUCGAUCGAUCCAAGAACCGGCGAGCUUUCAGCGAAACCUUUAGAUCGAGAGACUCACCCGAAAUAUAACCUAACGAUUUCAGCCCAAGAUAAAGGAAAUCCUCCCCUUCAAAGUUAUUGUAAUAUAACCGUUCACGUUGGGGAUCAAAACGAUAAUGACCCAAAAUUUGAUUUACCGAAUUAUUUCGCUAGCAUCAUAGAAAACGUUCCUGUUUACACCUCAGUGAUGAAAGUCCACGCUUCCGAUCCCGAUUUAGGAAUUAAUCGGCAAAUAAUUUAUUCGUUAGCAAACGAAAGUCAGUGGUUAUUUCGCAUCGAUAACAAAACCGGGGUUAUUACAACCGCGGGAUUAUUCGAUAGAGAACUAAAAUCGUCGUAUCAAUUUUACGUGGUCGCCACGGAUGGUGGCAAAUACAAUUCGAGGUUUCAAAAAGUUCCUGUAACAGUUACCAUAUUAGACGCAAACGAUAAUAAGCCGAUUUUUACUAAAUACCCCUUCAAAGAAAAAGUAGUCGCUUACAUCCAACCGGGGCACACAAUUUUACAAGUAUCAGCUAAAGAUAUCGACCAAGGAACCAACUCCGAUAUCGUUUAUUCCCUCUCACCCUCAAGUUAUCACUCAAAUAAAUUCCGAAUUAACCCCAACACCGGGAUUUUAUCCGCAUCUCAAAGCUUAGGAAGCGAAAACGGGAAAGUGAUUCACUUAAACGUAAUAGCAACCGAUAAAGGGAAUCCCCCACAAAGUUCAACCGGAUUAAUCGAAAUAUCAAUUGGAGAAACAAACGAUCAUUCCCCAAAAUUACGAUUUCAAAACGCCACCUAUCGAAUUAAUUUACCCGAAAAUCUUGAUAAUUACCAAGAAGUUAUUCAAGUAAUCGCCGUGAGAAACGACGGGAGGAAACAAAAAAUUUCUUAUUCUUUCGGGGCAGGAAACGAGGACAACAUUUUCAUCAUUAACGCGGAAACGGGACAAAUUCAAAUUAAAGAUAAUCGACUUUUAGAUUAUGAAAUAAAAAAGGAAAUUAAUUUAGUGAUCGAAGCUAAAACCGAUUCAAACCCGAUUUUGCACUCGUAUUGUAACGUUAUCGUUCAAAUAACCGAUCAAAAUGAUAACACGCCGAAAUUUUCGCAACAACAAUAUUCCGCGUCCCUUUUCGAAGGGAACAACAAAAGCGAAUUGGUUUUGCAAGUUUUUGCGUUCGACGCGGAUGAAGGUCAGAACGCGAGGAUUCUUUAUCAUAUAGUCGAUGGUAAUCACGAUAAUGCGUUUAAAAUCGAACCCGCUUUUAGUGGAAUAUUAAGGACUAAUAUCGUUUUGGAUCGGGAAAUUAGAGAUAUUUAUCGAUUAACCGUUAUUGCGACGGAUGAAGGUGUACCUCAAAUGACCGGAACUACGCGGGUUCAUAUUAAAGUCGUUGAUAUCAAUGAUAAUCAACCUACAUUUCCACCUCAUAGUAUUAUUACAGUUAGUGAAGCCACAAAUGUUGGAACGGUUCUUACGAGCGUAACUGCGAAUGAUGUGGAUACUAAUCCUCCUUUGGUGUAUAGUUUUGCAGCCGAUAACGAUAAGGAGUCUUUGAAAAACUUUAGUAUUGAUCGAUACAAUGGUAAAGUUAUUUUAAAGAAAAAAUUGGAUUUUGAAAAUCAACAAGAAUACAAUUUAAGGAUUAGUGCUUCUGAUAGUGCUCAUAUUGCUUAUAGCACUUUAACGAUAAGAGUGACUGAUAUAAAUGAUAAUCCACCGGUUUUUACACAAAAUGCUUAUUAUGCAACUUUACCAGAUGGACAUUCAACAAAUCUAAUCGAUUUAAUUUCCGUAAACGCAAGUGAUAUGGACACCGGCGAAAACGCAAAAAUAAAAUAUUCAAUCGUCAAUCAAAUUCAAGGAUUUCUAAUAGACGAUUACAGCGGAACGAUUCGCGUUAAUCAAAGCAAUAUUUCCGUCCCAAUUCACGAUUAUCAAUUAACCGUAAAAGCCGAAGACUUAGGAACUCCUUCUCUUCACUCAUUAGCGGCCGUUCGAGUUAAGGUGAACAGCGGAGGUGGACAACCGAGACAAAAAGAUAAAGAUUACAAAGUACAAAUUCCUGAAGAUACGCCAAAAGGGACGAAAAUUUUACAUUUGCCGCAUUCGGGACAAAACAAAAUUAGUUACUUAAUAAUAGAAGGUAACGAUGAUGGUGUUUUUGAAAUUGCGAAUCCGAGUGGGGUUAUUAUUUUGGUUAAAACUCUCGAUAGAGAACACAAAGAUUUUUAUAAUUUAAAAUUAUCAACCGGCGUUGGAUACUCAUCGAAUUAUUCAAUGAUUUCCGUUCAAGUUUCUGUGGAUGAUACCAACGAUAACGCUCCAGUUUUCGAACAGGAAGAUUACGAGUACACCAUUAAAGAGGACGUAGCUGUAGGAACGACCAUUUCUGUAAUUUCCGCAAAAGAUAACGAUCAAGCGAACACGUUACAUUCAGAAAUCCUUUACGAUAUAACAUCAGGAAAUGAUUUAGGUUUAUAUAGGAUCGAUGAUUCCGGAGAUUUUCUUGUUAAUAACACCCUUGAUUACGAUAACGGCUUGAAUGUACAUAAUUUAGUGAUUAGAGCUUGCGAUAAAGCUCCAAAUCCUUUGUGUACUUUAGCCACUUUACAAAUCAUUUUGGAAGAUUCGAACGAUAACGAACCGAAAUUUCCUGUUCAAGAAUAUUUAGAAUUCGUCGCUGAGAACGAGGCUGUUGGAACAGCUGUUUUUACAGCACAAGCCACCGAUUUGGAUAAAGGCGUUUUUGGAUUUUUAAAUUACUCGAUUGUGUCAUCGACGAAUCAUCAAGUUUACACAAACAAUGAUGACGCGUCGAAAUUAUUUCAUAUCGAUGCUUUAAGCGGGGUGGUUGUUACAAACGCCGUUUUUGAUUACGAACAAAGAAAUCGAUACGUUUUUAUUGUAAAAGCGAGCGACGUUGGGGGUAAAUCGGCGUUUGUUAAGGUUCGAAUUGAAAUUGAAAGUAAAGAUGAGUUUCACCCGCAAUUUACGGAGAGAACUUAUAAAUUUGGGUUGGGAUCUUCGAUUAAAUUUGGCGAUAUUGUUGGGCAUGUUACGGCUACGGAUAGGGAUAAAGGACCGGAUGGAAGAGUUGUUUAUCAAUUGACGACUCAAAAUCCUUAUUUUAAAAUAAAUAGAACAACGGGGGCUGUUAUUAUUAAAAAGAAGUUUGAUAACGCUGAAUUAUUUUCGAGUCGCGAUGUGAGUUUGGUGAUAACAGCAAGUUCUGGAAGGCAAGGAUCCUUAACUAAUAUGACCGUUGUUGAAAUUUCGAUUGAUCCCUUAAACGAUAUUAGUACAAAUUUAGCUAUUAAUAACAAAGAUGGAAAAACGGUUCAAAAUUCGAGCGGGAUCGCCGAUUGGGCUUUGGGGUUAUUAAUUUCAUUAAUUUUGCUUUUAAUAACAUUCGGGGCUGUUUUUGUGUUUUUACACAUGAGGAAUAAGAAAAAUAAGAAAGUAAAUAAGCCCAAUUUAGGGAGCGAAGCGGUUAGUACAUCAAAUAAUUACGUCGAUCCUUCCGCUUUUGAUACAAUUCCGAUUAGAAACACCCCGGGGCUCUCCAACAAUCAAUUCGCGCCACCGAAAUACGACGAAAUCCCUCCUUACGGUGGUGGACACGCUGCUAGUUCAAAUUCGGGGGCGGCGACUACUUCAGAGUUAUCGGGAUCGGAACAAUCGGGUUCCAGCGGGAGGGGAUCAGCUGAAGAAGGUGAUGAUGGCGAAGACGAAGAAAUUAGGAUGAUUAAUGAGGGUCCGUUACAAAGGGAUUCGGGGAUUCACCGACAAAAUGAUGACGAAGAUAAUUUAUCGGAUGUAUCUGUAAGGAAUACCCAAGAAUAUUUAGCGAGAUUAGGAAUUGUUAAUAACGGAAGCGCGGCGCAAACCGCUACGAGAUUAUGUGGGGAUCCAAGACCGGGAAAUAGUCAUCAAUCCGUACCUUUAGAUAGUUUACACAUGUUUGACGAAGACGGUAACGCUGAAAAUAUCUCAAAUUUUUACGCCAAAUUAAACGACGUCGCCGGUUCAGAUAGAGCUAGCUCAUCGGAUGAAAAUUCAAACGCGAAUAAUUUAACGACAGCGAUGGAUCAUGUUAUGGCGAUAGGUUACGGGGAUGUUCCAACGGUAACCCAUCAACCAUCAAUGAACGGAUCGUUAAGUUCAAUUGUACAUAGCGAAGAAGAACUUGCUGGAAGUUAUAACUGGGAUUAUCUUCUAGACUGGGGGCCUCAAUAUCAACCCUUAGCCCACGUUUUCUCCGAAAUAGCGCGAUUAAAAGAUGAUACCGCUUCAGUUCAAAGCGCGACGAGUGGGAAUUCAAGCGUUAAAAGUAAAAAUUCUAUCGUACCAGCGAAAAAUAUUCCCCCGCCGUUAAUAACGAGCGUCGCACCGAGAUCGGUGAUUAAUUCACGAGCUGGUCCUAGUCAUCAUAAUCCGAAUCAUAACCAAAUUAUUAUUUUACCAAGAUCACCGAUAAGUCAUGAUGCCUCCGGGGCGACGUUUAGUACAUCCGCGGCGAUGUCACCGAGUUUUUCACCUUCUUUAUCACCGUUAGCAACAAAAUCACCAUCAAUUUCACCGUUAGUCACUCCAGGGUUGUCUACAGCUCAUCAUAUGAUUCCAAGACAACCACCUCAAAGUAGAUCGAAAACUGUGGUGGACACUGAACUGAGACUUUAGUGAAUUUUUUUUUAAUAUGGAAAGUUAAAUUAAUAAAGAUUUAGUGUUCGGCUGUGUAAUG